UGCUGUGUAUUCUUAUGUUUUUAAAGGGGAUGAAGUGAUCUCAUCUGUCAGGCCAUCAUUCAGGUUCAGCACAACAUCAGCAGGGGAUGACGUGACCUCAUCUGAUUGGCCAUCAGUAAAGACCACCACCACACCACCACCACCAUCUGGGGAUGACGUGACCUCAUCUGAUUGGCCAUCAGUAAAGACCACCACACCACCACCACCACCAUCAGGUGAACGUGCCUUUGAAAAGGAAAAGGAAAUGAUGGAGGAGGAGACAGAAGAAACCAGCAAAUUUUUAACUACAGAGGAUGAUACGUUUGCAUAUGACUGCCAAUAUCUGGAGUUUGACACAAUACCAAAAGCUGAUCCGGGUAUCCCCCGGGAAGUCUUGUAUGCAGUGAUUGGUGUCCUUGUUCUUACCCUUAUUUCCACUAUUGGGUGUCUUUGUUGGAGAAAGAAUAAUACAGAGAGAGACAAAGAGAGUGACUCAGCAGAAGGACUCUUGUCAUCUUCUCCUGAGGAUGUUACACCAGUACCAGACACUCACUCUACAACAAAACAGAAACUGACCACUGUUUCUACAGUGAGUGAACAGAGGACUGAAACGGCAGACCAAAAAGAGGAGUUCUUGUCAGCGCACAACGAAGUAGAACCAAAGGAGAACCAGAGGAAGCUUCAGGAAGCACAGACUGAAACAGCAGAAGUAAGAAAGGAACUCCAGUCACAGCUGGAGGAGGUAAAGAAAAGAUGUGAGGAGAACAAAAAGAAGCUUCAGGAAGCACAGACUGAAACAGCAAAACUAAGAGAUGAACUCCAGUCACAGCUGGAGGAGGUAAAGAGAAAACAUGAGGAGAACAAAAAGAAGCUUGAGGACGUUGAGAGGGAACUCAACAAUGACACAGAAAUGACAUUGGACAAAAAGCAGAAAUUAUUAGGGGAAAAAGAAAAUUGUUUAAAGCAAAAAUGGACCCUGAAAGAGAUGUGCAGAGAAAAGGAGAAAGUGCUGAUACUGAUGGAUAAACUACUGCAGGCAGUACAUACUCCGGGUAAACACUAAACAGUCUAGGUCUCAGGUUGACUGUUUUUAGAACAGAUCCAUUAACAGGUAUUUGUGUCUUUAUUUCAGCAGCUGAGUCCAUCAUAAUAUAUAAUAACAUGAGUUGUAAUAAGAUACGACAUCAGAAGAAAACCCAUAAACUCACAUUGCUAGUUUGUUUUUGGAAACAUCACAGGCUCAUGUGUGAUUAGCAUGCAGUAAUCAAUUACCAUUAUAAUAAUAGACCCAUUUAUCACGUAUACGGGGCAAGAAUAACCAAAUUUCUAUGUGUUCAUGUAAACAUCAUAUCUCGAAUAUAAUAAAACUGGGAUAAAAGCAUCACUGGAAUAUUCAUUUCUGAGCCUGUUCUCAUUCGGAAGUCAUCAGAUACCACCACUUUGUCAGUGAUUUCAGUGUCAGACCCAAAGCCAAAAGCCUCCUUCAAUGGUGAUAUGAUACACCACCGGGCAGCGUCAGUUUGUAACGUGCCCAGAAGGAUCCUUUCACAGUGUUAUGACAUGCAGCCAGUUGUCUGCACAGCACCUGUUGUGGCAGUGUGAUAUACAGACAGAAGGCAUCAGGUCAUUACGCAGCCGGACAGCACAGAUUAUGUUGGUAUGAUAGCCUACACCGCUGGGACAGCGUCAGGUUAAUAUGCUUUCCAUUACAAUGUAAUAUAAAGAGCUGGAAAGUCCCUAUAUGGCAGUUGGGAGGGGUGAUGGGUGGGUCCAACGAAUCCUGGACUUUCACCCAGGGGCUGGUGUUGGUUUCCCUUAUGAAUGUAGAGCGUAAACCCAACAGCAGAUGCAGAAGGAUAACUAGCACAUAAUAUGAAGAUGUGAAAGGUCACUGACAAAGUGGCGAAAUGUGACGACUUGAGGUGACAACCUGUUGCAUUUAAUUUAACAACAGUGAGUAUCAGAUUUUGAACAGGUUACGUGCCAGGCAGAAUCCAAUAAAAUGACAAUAAUAUAAAAACAUUAUAAGAACAUAAAAAACAAUAAAACAUUAGAAAAUAGAAAACAGACAUUAUUAGAUGACAACAGCAAUUAAGUAAAAGCACAUUUAAAAAAGUGUGUUUUUAAGAGAGAUUUAAAAGAGGACAGAGAUGUGGCUCGCCUGAUCUCGUCCGGCAGGUCGUUCCAGAGCGACGGGGCCCUGAUAGCAAAGGCCUGGUCGCCCUUGGAUUUUAAUCUAGAUCUUAGAAUCUCUAAUAGAGACCUACCGGAGGCUCUCGGGCUACGCCUUGGCUCAUAUGGGACUAAGCAGUCUUUGAUGGUGAACAAUUACAGUGUGGACAGAGGGAUGCAGAUCGAUAAUAGCAAGGGCUUGUUCAAUCAUAUCAGCAACUUUAAAACCGGAGAAACAAUAUGUAAUGGUGUGAGGAAGUUCAACAAAUCUGACCAUUGAAUCGCCAAGCAACAGAACUUCAUGUUGAGCGUCUGGGGAGUCCACACCGUGUCCGUAGACAUCGAGUUUGGGUUCAGCUGCCCGGUAGGCAGCUAGCACCCUAGUAGCAGUGCUAGCAUGUCGGCGGUUGUGUGUGUGAGUGAGAUACCUCUGUGUUGACUGUGAAGGCGAGGACCGAGGAGCCGCCGGGCCGGGCUCAGCGGAGUGUGAAUGGUUAGAUGCUCGCGCAGGGGGAGGCACAGGGCCAGCAGCAGGUGGUUGUGCUGGGGGAGAGGAGGUAAGCCAGGCAGGUUGUCCGGCUCCAACCGCUGGAGUGCUAACAGGGUCGUUUGGGGGCCGAUUGAGGGGACAGCAAAUCCGUGGGUGAGGUUGGAUUUUUGGCUAUGGAGCGUUUUCUGUUGGCCGCUCCAAGAGGAGCCCGCAGCGGUGAAAUGACAGCUGUCCAACCCAGGGAAUAGCAGAGAAACUUACCACCGAGGGCCCAAACCGGGCCCGCUAGGGAUGAAUCAGCACUAACACUUAAGGACAUGUUUAAACCUGCGACCAUAUAUGUGAUUUUUAGGGCCGCUUGUUUUGGAAGUCAGUGGAAAUCGAUCAUCCUUUAGGUAUAAGAGAGUGUUAACAUUAUUUGAUGUUUAUUACUGGAGAUGAGAAUAUGCUAUUUCAACAUAUGUAUGCUUAUAAUAAUGAUUUGUCAUUGGUAACCUAUAAUAAAAAUGUGUAUACUGUUCUUAGUGUAACACAGUGAAGCAGGAGCUUAUUUUAUUCUUUGUGUUGUUCACCCAAAACUAAUUUGUUUUUGAUUUCAUUACUACACAGAUAGUAAACUCCUGAUCGUACAGUUUUUCGUGACCAAACUGUAAACAUAUCAUGGAAGAAUUAUUAGCAACACUGUGAUGUGUAGUUUAAGACAGCUGUUUAUGAUUGCUAAAUUGUAAUGUCAUUUAUAAAAUUACUGUAAUAAUUAUAGAUCCUAUGCCAAUCCAAAGGGUCUGUGUAUGAGCUGAUAUGAUUAUAUUGUUAGGUUGUUUUCACGCUGUCAUUUGAUGCUUCAUCAUAGGACUAAUCAUAGGCACUUUAAAUAAAUUCCUUUCUGACUGAUCUUCUGUGCAACGUUUUUGUGGCCUGUUUUAAAUUGUAUGUGUUUGUAUGUGAAGACUUACGCUCAGAUGAAAACAUAAACAACUGUUACAAAUGUGA